AUGGCUUCUCGAUUACCGUUUCAUCGUCUCUCUGGGCAACAUCUGAGAACGCUCUCCCGAAACCCCAAUGGCGUCCGCAACAUGUACUCUGGCGGUUCCAGGAACAUCACUUCAGUCAUCCUCCGGAAAAAUGCCAGAGGCUACAUCAAGCCAAACCCGGGACUCCAGCAAGUCGCCGCUUUCGGUCCGAACAUGUCUCGUUUUACCAUUUCCCCCUUUGGAGCUUCUCAAGUCCGAACAUAUGCGGACACUGUUGUCAAAGUUCCGCAGAUGGCGGAGUCAAUCACCGAAGGGACGCUGAAGCAGUUCUCGAAGCAGGUCGGCGAUUAUGUCGAACGAGAUGAAGAAAUUGCAACCAUCGAAACAGACAAGAUCGAUGUGUCCGUUAAUGCCCCUGAGUCAGGAACGAUCAAAGAGUUUCUUGUGAGCGAAGAAGACACGGUCACCGUUGGGCAGGAUCUUGUCAGGUUGGAGCUUGGAGGCGCCCCUGAAGCUAAAAAAGAAGAGACAAACGAAAAGCCUGCCGUGUCAGCCGCUGCUGACAAGCCCACAGCUCCUGAAUCGGGACAGCAGACGGCACCAGAACCCCCAAAACCUUCUUCGGAGAAGGCUUCUAUACCGGCGCCUGGGCCCUCGAAGAAGGCAGAAUCAACUUCCCCCAAGUCGCAGGCCCCUGAAGAUGCCAGACUCAACCUUGGAGGUCGCGAAGAACGGAGGGUGAAGAUGAACAGGAUGAGGUUGAGGAUCGCGGAGCGCUUGAAGCAGUCUCAGAACACAGCGGCGUCACUCACCACAUUCAACGAGGUUGACAUGUCCUCGCUGAUGGAACUCCGGAAGCUAUACAAGGAGGACGUGCUGAAGAAGACGGGCGUGAAGCUUGGGUUUAUGAGCGCAUUUUCUCGCGCUUGCGUUCUGGCCAUGAGAGACGUCCCGGCAGUCAAUGCGUCCAUCGAGGGACCCAAUGGUGGGGAUACCAUUGUCUACCGUGACUACGUGGAUAUAAGCGUGGCAGUUGCUACUGAGAAAGGACUAGUGACUCCAGUAGUCCGUAAUGCAGAGGCCAUGGACCUCGUUGGCAUUGAAAAGGCUAUUGCUGAUCUUGGCAAGAAGGCACGUGAUAACAAGUUGACUAUCGAGGAUAUGGCUGGAGGCUCCUUCACCAUCAGUAACGGUGGGGUAUUUGGCUCUCUGAUGGGGACCCCUAUCAUCAAUCUUCCACAGACAGCUGUUCUUGGACUUCAUGCGAUCAAGGAUAAAGCAGUUGUUGUGAACGGCAAAAUCGAGAUUCGCCCUAUGAUGUACCUUGCCCUCACAUAUGAUCACCGACUACUUGAUGGCCGUGAGGCCGUUACUUUCCUUGUCAAGGUCAAGGAAUACAUUGAAGAUCCCCGCCGUAUGCUGUUGGGCUAAAAUUCAUGUACUAACUCACUAGUUGGAUAGCGAAUGUUUCAAUGGGCUCCUUCCAGUUUUCCGCGUCUCUUUUUGCACAUUUUGCUAUGUAGACUUACAAUUUUUGUAUGAAAACCCA